AACCGAAGAAGAAGACGAGGCGGCUGUGUUUUUGCCGCCAUGUCGCCGAGUGAUAAACGUUUAUUUCUGCUUUUUGCUGCCGUUGUCGUCAGUCUGACUCUUUUUUACACUCAGCAUUUUAUUUACGCUGCUUUUAUUUUUAUUUGUUGUAGUUUAUGUUACUGCCACUGUGAAGAACCGUUUCCCGCCAGAUUUGGCCUGAAUCCUCGGUCUGGACUGAAGAACGCCGCCGGUCACCAGCGCUGGUUUUGGGGAUGGGGAGCAGGAGGAGGGUCGGUGUCCAGCCGGUCCAAAACUAAGGUUGCCAGAGCCGAGGGUCCGCAGAGACGGAGUGACACUCAGGCUUUGUUCAGCAGCUCUAUCAUGUUCAGCCCGCAGGAUUUUCUCAUGGGGAGUUACAUCAGUAAAACCCACCGAGCCGGGACAAAUCCACGAGACCAGCUGAGGGACAGACUGUCCAGACCCAAUCACGCUGUGUGCACCCCGAACAGGAGGCUGUCCUUCACCGGGGACUCACCGGGGGCAGGAUCCGUGGGCCGGUUCACCCUAACACCACAGCGGCACUACCCCCUGCAGCAACGAGGUGUGGCACCAGUAGGAGUUCUACCUCUUUCAACGUGGAAUGGCUUUUCUAAGAAAAAUGUCCUCAGUCCUCGAAGCUGUGCUGCGGCACUCAGCCCCGUGACAGUGAAGAUCGCCCGGCCUGAUCACUGCACUAGCAGCUUGGACCCUGCGAGGUGUACCAGACUACCCAGUGAACUAGCUGACCCUUGUUCCAGAGAAGCCAUACUUAAAGUGCUCAGGGAAAGCCGCAAGAGAGACAUGAAUCACAUUGACGACGAUGAUGGCAGAACCUGCAGAGCUGAACAGAAAAGCAAAAGAAGGCGCAACAACAGUGUUGGCAGUGCACACACAGCUUCUGAGUCACUUUUACCCACUGGAGCAUCAUCACAACAAGGAUCUGAAACAGGGAGACUGAAACGAGGCAUGCCGCCAGUGACAGAGGACUUCAACAUGAAGAGGUCUCGCACGUCCUCAAUAAGCUCUGGCAGUGGAAUCCAUGUAUCUACAAGAGGCUCGGGCACUAGCAGAAAUGCCAUCUACAGUUCCUACAGUUCAUCACAAGGUCUGAGCCAGUGGAAGAAACAGUCUGCGUCGAGCUCUCCCCUGUCCAGCCUGGAAUCCUCUCGUGCUGAGACUCCAGAAAGAACCAUUAUAAGGCCUAGUGUGGACGAGGGCCAGUGUCCCACCUCAGCGUCCUCGGUCCAGCAAGACCAGCAUGUGGCUGUGGAGACCACUGCGAUGGCCAAAAAGUCUCCAGUUCCUGUGGACCAGGUCAGUGCCUCAGCUCACUCUGCAGGUGGCAGUGGGAGGAGAAAACGCAAGAUCCAGUUGGUGCCCAGCCACCGUGAAGACCACAUCCCUCUGCCUUCUUAUCCGGAGCUGGACUGUACAGUGACUGUCGAAGCCCUGGAUGGAGACAGAAGAGCCGCCAUCAGCAGGAUCCUGAAGGCUCUGGAGACGCCCUCACCAGAUCCAGAGAAAUCUGUUUCUCCUCCGCCGGGUUCUGUCCAGACCACAUCAUCUACCAGCAUUGCUCCCAUACCCAGCACUGUCGUCACUGUCAUCAACCUGGAUCCCAGUCCAGAUGUUGGACUUAGCUCGUCAUCGGCUGCAGCUCCAGUUCCACAGCUGGAGGCCCUGAAAGCGGAGAGUGCCACCGUGGCUACAGUGUCUGCAGUGAGCACACUGGGAGAAACCAGGAAUUCAGUAGUCAGUCGUCCCACGGGUUUUCCACAGCUCCGACCGGCCUCUGGGGACCAGCCUUUUGCCUUUGAUCAAGUUGUGGUCCAGACCUCCAAGGCACCCAGCAGCACCUCUACUGUAGCUGGAAGUGGUCUGUUUGGGCCGCUCUUCACUGAUUCUUCAGCCUGCAAUCAAAGUACGACUCAUACCACAGUCAGCAGCACAGAGCCGGUCAGCACCACAAACUGUCUCCUGUCAUCAGGCUUUAAGCCCAUUUUUUCCGUCAACACCCCCACAUCUGGCACCACAGAGAGCGAACCUACUGUCCAGAAUCUGAAGCUAAUCUUUGGAAGUACUACAGAAGGUACCAGUAACAGACAGUCUGCAUCCUUCAUGGUCACUAGUCCAGCCCCAAGUACAACUUCCUCCGGUACAUCCUUGGUGCAGGCCCUCACUACAGGGAACACCUUCACGUGUGGCACCACCACCAGCUCUGCACCUUCAGUUGUCUUGACUGGUGCUGCCACCACCUCCAAUAACAGUAUGUUCACAUUCAGUUCUUCUCAAACUGCUGCCCAGAAUGCAUUUGGGUUUGACCAGGGAGCCUCCAGCCAGAGCCCAAUGGCUACUUCACCUGGGGGCUUAGCUUUGGCCAAAACCACCUCCACUGCUGCUGUCGCUACCACGACCCAAACCACAAACUCUUUUGGAAAGUCACCAUUUGAAACAACAGCAGCACCAUCAGCUUUCAGUUCUUCUUCAACCCAACACAACAACCUGAUGACCUUUGGAGGUAGUGUGACAUCAUCCACACCUGCAUCCAAUUCCUCCUCAGACCGUUUCACUUUAGGGAACACAGGAUUUGGAUCCAACUCAGUGGGGGCUCCUUUUGUAGGUACCACAACUCCUGCAGCUGCACCAGGCUUCACAUUUGAACACAGGCUGUCCCAAUACUUAUGGACCCAAGUCCAAGCUGCUUAUUUAUUUGGACACUGUUUCUUUACAGGGACGAUGAGUUCUCCCGCUGGUCCCUUUGGAAGUGCCGUCAGUCCUGGUUCCGGCUUCAGUACAGUGGCUUUUGGAUCGCCUGCCGCCCCGUCCUUCUCCAUUGGGUCUGGAUCAAAGCCCGCUGGAGCCCGGCAGAGACUGCAGGCCCGGCGCCAGCACAACAGGAAGAAGUGACAAGAACCAAACACCUACUGGUUCUUUUACAUCACGUGUGAACGCAGCACCGCUCUGUGUAUGUGUGUGUGUGUGUCUUACAUUCUGUGUAAAUUCAUGACAUCAGCUUUUUUCUUAUGUCAUAGUUGUUUAUUCCAGCUCCACGUGUGGGGGCGGGGCUCAGAGUGUCUGUGAGGCAGCAGUGCUGACCGCCACUGAUGGACUAAAGAACAUUUCCAAGUCACUGAAUGUGUCUCAAGGGUCAUCGUUAAGGAACAUGAACAGUUUGACACUGGAUUUGUUUUGUUUUUUUAAAUAAAGGUUGAUUUUUGGAUUUUGA